AUGGGAAGUGCAAACAAGGGAGUUGGUUGGGCCGUCUUGAUUUUCACAACCGUUAUCUUCUUCUACUGGACCUUUUGGGUUCUGGUGCUUCCCUUCGUCGACAACGACCAUCCACUGCAGCUUGCCUUUCCUUCCAAGUUCUACGCACUCUCCAUCCCUGUCUUCAUCAUGGUGCUCGGCAUGACUACAACAGCCUCUUUCAUCGCAGUUAUCUUGAUUCGAGAUGGAUAG